AUGCGACUGAGUGCUCCUGAGCUUGGACAACAACCACCUCCACCAUCUAUAGUAGCUCUGCAGUCCUCGCAAAACGCGGCUCAGGCCUAUGCUAAUGCUACAGGCUUGAAGAUUCUUUGCAUGUUAUACUUGACUUUUGAUCUAGACCUCGGAUACAUGAUAUCGUGUUCAUCGCCAGACAACCCGCAACUACCAGUUUUCCAACCAAGGGCAUUUCAUGUUCAAGGCCAAGCUCGAGCAGUAGCAGCUCCACAGCAGAUGAAUGCGAUCGGAGUUUUGGACCUGCAUGCCAAAAUGAAGGAAUAUAGAGAUUGCUGUUGGCGAGUUGUUUGUGUGAGCCUAUCUGAGGGCCUUGCGAUGAUGGGGGUCCCUGUUUAUCUGGAGGAUUCGAAAUACGAGCGGUCGUCAUUGGUGUUCUGUGUUGCUUUCAUCGUCCCUGAUACCAACUCGGAUACUGACGAUACGCCUCCUUGGGAAGUUUAUCGCGAGAUCGCACAGCAGUUGGCCAUCAACUUCACACGUAUGGAACUGGAUCCGAAUCUGAGGUUACUGAGCGACGAAUCGGGCCGUUCGACGAUCAAAUACAUCUUGGAAAGCGUACGCGAACAGCUAAACUCGUGUACGGGAGUUGGCGAACUCUAUUAUGAGAGCGAUGAAAUACCAAAGUUGUUGGAGAAUGCUGAUGAUGUUGUCCAUGUGCCUGUUACGGAUCUACCGUUAGUGCCAUUGGAUACUGGAGAGAAUGAUGACAUUCAGCGACUGUAUCCUCCUCGUUGUUUAGGCGGAACUGAUGAAAUUGACUUGUUCGCGGCACAGGCCGUUUUUAUGCUGGAUCCCAUAGAUGUACACUCUCACUACAUGGUGAAUGCUACUGAGUUGCAUUCACAUUUUGAUGAUGAACUCAUACGAGAAGACGUAGUGCGGUUCGUGUGUCCAGACCUAGCGGAGAAUAUCGUCACCAUGGACGACGAGUAUAUGGUCAGUUCCCCAUUGGGUUCUAGGACAUCCUCAUUAGGAGACUGGGCGAUUAAUCUAGACUUUGAUGAGCGACGAUGUGAACCGCCGAGCCGAUGGGAGUCGGCUGCGGAGAAUGUGUAUCGUCUUUACUUGGAGAUGGAUCAGUCGUUGUCGCUGGGGGAGUGGCUGGAAAAAAAGUGGCAGCAGUUUAAAACUGCAUCGGCGAGCCCCAGACACUUUGUUGUUUACGGCCUGGUUAUGGGAGUAUUACGCCCGAUGCGAUUGUUUCCAACUCUGAGCCCAUCGGAGCUCCAUGAAGCGCGAUCUCAAGUAAUUACGAUAGACUUCCCAGUCGACCCACCACAGGCACACUUCUGGCAGCAGCAUUCUGGUAAGCAGACUGGGCGGGUGGAUGCUGCUCCUCCUCCCCCUCCUCCUCGAAAUACAUGGCCAAUAAAACAAGCCUUUCUAACUAGGGAAGAGCAAGCACUUGCCAGACGGCAAGAGCUACUGACUAUGUGCAACGGCUCGCUCUCUGUUGAUCAUAUUAUAGAGCAAUUCAAUGAGAGACCCGAACGUAAGGGGCAAGCCUAUAGGAUGAUGAACCGUGAUGAAGCGUUUCGGUUACUUGAGGAUGCUGCUAAGUCUGACGAUAUUCAUUUGUAUCUGAUUUGGAAAUGACGUUUCUUG